AUGGCCCCCUUUCUCGAGGUCUUCGACCAUGAUCGACAAAAUCCUAAGACAAUCAACACCGCCCAUUCAAUAAAUUAUCCCGGUCAAACUAUUACCAACACAACGGAUCAACGACGAGUUGAGAGCGGUGACGUUCACCAAACGACAGAAGUGGACCUCCUGAGCGACAUCUCGGUGGCCCUCGAAUGGAAACUGCUAGUUCCGCUGCUUUUGCCCGGAGCGGACGAUCCUCAGCCAGAAGACGUCAGACCCAUCGUUGAAGCCCGCUGUGCGGACAGUGAGACGGCAUGUCUCGAGCAGGCCCAUGAUCUCAUUGCGCAAACCAUCACGGAUGCGGGCGAGAAGGCGAUAGCCGAUCACGCCCGUCGAGCGCUCGGCUUAGAGGAGAAACGAUUUUGGCAGAGCUCUUGGCUCGUGAAGAAGGCCAACUCGGCCGAGCCCCUCGACGAUGAGAAGGCGCUCAAGGGGUAUGUCUGGGUGAAGGUCGAGAUAUGCUCGCCCAAGAUGUUGUUGAACGCUGCGGGCGCUGAGAGCCUGGGCCGGAUGCAGAAGGUCCUCGGCGCGUUAAGUUCGAGUCAUCGCCUCUUCGCCAACUGCUCCUGCGAGGUGCACAUCCACCUUGGACAAAUACAUGGCCAGGCCUGGUCCUUGCCGACGUUGAAACGCCUCGGGUCGUUGUUGUGGCUAGCGGAACCGACACUGCGGAGUAUUAGGGACCCGAAGUCGCCCAACUUCCACAACACGUACACCUGGGGCUUCGCCAUGCGUCAGCAUAGCCGGCUUGCCCACCGGGUUAAAGAUGCCACAGCGGAGUACGUCGACGCUCCGAGAUACAUAUCGGACCGGCAAAUCAAAGCCGCAAUCAGAGACCAGUUCACCGCGUCCACCACCGACCUAGCUGCUUUUGGGGAGAUUUGGAAGGCCGAGUCACACCUCGAACUUGGCCAGCUAUUAUCGGGUGAAGAGAAGAAGUACCGUCGGUUGGGAUUCAACUUCAGUGCAUUCGGGCAAGAAGACGACCGGGCGAGGAGCAAUCCGCGGACAAUGGAGUUUCGGAUGAUGGAAGGCUCGGUUCAGACCGAUCUGAUUCUGGGAUGGCUGGCCAUUUGCGGCACUAUUGCUGAGUGUGCUGUGGCCGCGGAUGACCACCGGUUUGCCGCGGCCAUGGGGCUGCUACUGCAAAGGUCGAGCAGCGCCGAUAAUGGGAAAGCCUCCGAGGCGGAAGAACGGAGGGCGACUCGGCUGGGGAAAGAAUUCCGGGAGUUGAUGGAGUCUUUGGCUGUCGCGGAGCAGCACUUUGUCGGAUUUGAGAAGAAGGUCGAGCUGGACCACCUUUAG